AUGAGGUUUUUCGCGGAGUUCGUCACGUGCUGUGGGUCGAGGACGGAGAGGAGAGGAUUGGUGGCGGUGCCUGAAACCCGCCGCCGGUGCAGCAGGGGGAGGAUGAGGGGCGGCCGCCGGAGGUGGCGGCCGUCACUGUCGUCGAUAUCGGAGGAUAGUGUCGAAAGGACGGCGGAGGUGUGGCGGAGGAGGCUGAAGAGGAAGGUGGCGAUGAUGUUGAAUAGAGAUAGGUCGUCUCCUCUUGAUUCAUGCGAAGAUAANGAUAGGACGACGUCAGCAAUUCCCAAUAUUAACUGCAUUUGCUCCACCACCAUUCAUCCGCGCAAGGUUGCCAACGUUCUUGAUGACUCUCCAAGAGACCUUCUUUGGCCCAAGGCAUUCGAGAUUUAUAUCUUUCCAUGCUUUCUCCACUUGUUCUUCAAGUUCGUUAACCGCAUCAAUCUCCGUAACUCCGUUUUGCUUCAUGCAAUUGAUCCAUGGCCUGAGCAUUCCAACUGGUGA